CGCAGGCCCGCGUCCUCUGCUCCGGAAGCUCUGGAGGCUCUGCGUGGCCUGUGUCUCCCCGCUCGGGUUUUUAAAGAUUCCUCGGGAGGUCAGCGAAUCACUCAGCAGACCAGAGACGGUGCUAUGAGGUCCACAGGAAGGAAGUCAGGACUCUCCAGAAGGCAGGAAAUGACCUCAGUGGCCUUUGAGGAUGUGGCUGUGAACUUCACCCAGGAGGAGUGGGCUUUGUUGGAUCCUUCCCAGAAGAAUCUCCACAGGGAUGUGAUGCAGGAAGUCCUUAGAAAUCUGGCUUCUAUAGGAAACAAAUGGGUGGACCAGAACGUUGAAGAACAGAACACAAUUCCUGGGAGAGAUCUAAGCCACAUCAUACCAUCUGAGAAUGAGGAGAGUAGAAGGAAGCCAUCUGAACUUAAACAGAAGAGAAAAUCUUUAACUUCUCUCAAGAGUAUUCAAAGACAAGUAGCAGUGCACACCGUAAGUGGACCUUAUAAAUGUUUGACAUGCGGAAAAGAGUUCAGUUGUUCCAGGUCUUUUCGAAAACAUGGACAAUCUCACACAGGAGAGAAACCAUAUGGAUGUGAACAAUGUGGGAAAGCCUUCUCUUGUUAUUUUUUCCUUCAAACACAUGAGCGAACUCAUACUGGAGAGAAGCCCUAUGAAUGUAAACAAUGUGGGAAAGCCUUCACUAGUUCCUCUUACCUUCCAAUACAUGAAAGAACCCAUACAGGAGAGAAGCCCUAUGAAUGUAAACAAUGUGGGAAAGCCUUCAUAAGUUCUGCUUACCUUCAAAUACAUAAACGGAUUCAUACAGGAGAGAAGCCCUAUGAAUGUAAACAAUGUGGGAAAGCAUUUAAUAAGUACAGUAAUCUACACACACAUGAACAAACUCAUACAGGAGAGAAGCCCUAUCAGUGUAAACAGUGUGGGAAAGCCUUCACUAGUUCCAAUUACCUUCUAUUACAUGAAAGAACUCAUACAGGAGAGAAGCCCUAUCACUGUAAACAAUGUGGGAAAGCCUUCACCAAGUCCAGUCACCUCCACACACAUGAGCGAACUCAUACAGGAGAGAAGCCCUAUCAAUGUAAACAAUGUGGGAAAGCCUUUGCUACAUCCACUCACCUACACACACAUGAACGAACUCAUACUGGAGAGAAGCCCUAUCAGUGUAAACAGUGUGGUAAAACCUUCACUAGUUCCAAUUAUCUUCCAGUACAUGAACGAACUCACACUGGAGAGAAGCCUUAUGAAUGCAAGGAGUGUGGUAAAGUUUUCAUUAGUUCUGCUUACCUUCAAAUACAUGAGCGAACUCAUACUGGAGAGAAGCCCUAUCAAUGUAAACAGUGUGGCAAAGCUUUCAAUACAGUUGGUCAUCUUCAUAAACAUGAACGAACUCAUACUGGGGAGAAACCCUUUGAGUGUAAACAAUGUGGAAAAUCCUUUACUAGUUCUUCCUACCUUCAAAUACAUCAACGAAUUCAUACUGGAGAGAAGCCCUAUGAAUGUAAACAAUGUGGGAAAGCCUUCACUACAUCCAGUCACCUCCACAAACAUCACCGAAGUCAUACUGGUGAGAAGCCCUAUCAAUGUAUACAGUGUGGGAAAGCCUUCACUAAUUCCACUCACCUUCAUGCACAUGAGCGAACUCAUACAGGAGAGAAGCCCUAUCAAUGUAAACAAUGUGGGAAAGCCUUCAUUAGUUCUGCUAACCUUCAAACACAUGAACAGACUCAUACUGGAGAGAGGCCUUACCAAUGUAAGGAAUGUGGGAAAGCCUUCAGUAGUUCUGCUUACCUUCAAAUACAUGAACGAACUCAUACUGGAGAGAAGCCCUAUGAAUGUAAACAAUGUGAGAAAACCUUUAUUAGUUCUGCUUACCUUCAAAAACAUGAAAGAAUUCACACUGGAGAGAAGCCCUAUGAGUGUAAACAGUGUGGGAAAGCCUACACAACAUCUAGUCACCUUCACACACAUAAACGGACGCAUACUGGAGAGAGGCCCUAUGAAUGUAAACAGUGUGGAAAAGCCUUUGCUAGGUCCACUCACCUUCAUACACAUGAACGGACUCAUACAGGAGAGAAACCCUAUCAGUGUAAACACUGUGGAAAAGCUUUCACUAAAUCCAGCAACCUUCACAUACAUGAACAAACUCAUACUGGAUAGAAGUUCUGUGAAUAUAAACAGUGUGGUGAAACCUUCAGUUAUUCAUCUGCAUAG